CCGCAAACUCAUCAACUUAGCUUCCUUCACUCUACUCCGUACGGAUACCGAUAACGUCGCAUUAUUCACUAUAAUCAACCUAACCUAAAUUAUACUGCUAGUUCGAUCGGUCUUUGCUAUGGACGCCGAUAUUCAUUUCUGCUCCCCAUGCUCACUCAUUGACUUCACUGCCCUGUUCAAACAAGAGAUAAAGUGCUUCCACAUAGGCACACUCGCAGCCAUUGCCCAAAGAAAGAGCUGUUCUUUCUGCCGCUUUGUGGUACAAGUCAUCGAGAUCGUCUGGGCCAAGUGGAAAGAUGAGAUUUGGGAGCCCUCUUUGUCAGCGAGCAUCAACGUCUGGGUAAAGACAACUCUCUGGGCUCACUAUGGCGAGAGUUCACAAGAAAAUGGCCUCAACUGGAGAACCCCGCAUUUCCGACACCGGCCGUCACUAGGAACGGACUGGGAGCCAGACAAGCGCCAGAGAAGCUCUUAUGGCUCUCCUCGAUACACUCUAUGUGAACUGGACAGGGUUCGAGGCUCCGGAGGCUUCAAAUAUUUUACAAACCAUCUUGGCGAAGAUAUUGAGCAGAUCCUAAGCCGGCGUAGAAUUCCCCCAAUGGUUGACCGGGACCUACUGAAGUCUUGGAUACAAGAAUGCCAAACAACCCACGCGCAAUGCAUGGCCGCUGGAGAAACCCAGCAGGCGCUGCUAAGGUCUACAGGGAGAUUUCGGGUCAUUGAUGUCGAGACCAACUACCUCGUUGUUCCGUCGCAAGACAUCAGUUACACCGCACUUUCAUAUGUCUGGGGUGGUAUUCUGCACACCAAAACCGACAGCGAGCGUGUUCAGUGGGUUGAGAGCCUCUUCGAACCUGCGCCCUCAAUGGAGUUGACCAACCUGGCGAGUCAUGGGCCAGAUUACCGGCUUCGAGUCGAGAACCUACCGACUGCCAUACAAGAGUCGAUUAAAUUAACGAGUCUAAUGGGAUGGAGAUAUAUAUGGAUUGACCUGUUGUGCAUCAAGCAAAAUAACACAACUGACAAGGAGGUACUGGUCAAGAAAAUGCACCUUAUCUAUGAAGAGGCUUCGUUCACGAUUGUUGCUGCAGGUGGCCACGAUGCAAAUACACCUCUCGCGGGGUUGUUCAGUUCUCGGCAUCCAGAGCCCGUUGGUGAAAUUAUCUACAGAAACGAAUCCAUUCUCAUGGCCCCUGCAAGGCCCAAGUUGCCAGACCUUUUGGCCGAGACAGUAUGGGCGACUCGCGGUUGGACGUUUCAAGAAGAUGUGCUCUCGCGAUGCUGCCUGUAUUUCACCGCCACCGAGGUGUUUUACUCUUGCAGGGAUCAUCUACAGCAAUAUCGCUUGCCCCGUUCAGAUCGCUACGAGGGUUUCGAUAUUGGGAGAUACAACGAAUGGAGAGAGAGCUACGUUCUGGAAACAAGACUCUUGAAGACCGCUUAUCAAGAUACUUCUCCUUGGAAUGAUGGGUGGAGUAGAAAGGGAAGUUCAUCAUCCUGUUUGCGUUCGAGGGCCAGUAUUCUCGAUCCGAAGGGCACCACAGGAAUAAGCACACUAGAUACGCGCAUAGCUGACAUGAAGGUCACCCAUGAGAUCCGCUCGAGAGAAGCAGAAUGUUCCUUCGACUUCCAGGUCCAGCACAUACCGACAAAUGAACGCAAUCAACUAUUUGAGGAUUAUGCCAAGUUUGUGGCCGAUUAUAGCAAGAGACAUCUAUCAAAUCCCGGUGAUGUUGUGGAAGCCAUGAUGGGAAUUCUAAACAAAUUCAACAUGACGUCCAAGACCGCUGCUAAUAUCGAUGCUCAUGGAAUGCUCAGCGGCCAAUUGGAGAAAGAUCUUCUUUGGGUUGCUCUGAAAGAAACUUCUCUACGGCGGCGUGAAGGAUUUCCUAGCUGGUCUUGGGCUGGCUGGGUCGGCCCAGUUGUGUACGAGAUUACGCAUGGAAAUGUCUUUCGACUUAGGUGGAUGUUUCAGCCACCGAGGCCUUAUAUCAAGAAGGGAGUAUUGACCAUGGAAUCUUUAUUCGACAUAUACAUUAGCACGGAACACUCUCUCAUCGCCACUCUGAAGAAGUCAAGAUUGGUCAAUGCACCGGAAAUUUAUCCUCCCGUUAACCUGCUAAGCCAAUUCAGAAGCCCUGGUAUACUGAAUAUGUACACAUACAUCGCACAAGUCUCUAGCCUUACUCACGAGACUUCCUCGGUUGUUCGACAGGAUGCAACUACAAUGAAUGUCCCAAUGUUGCUUGUGAGACUCGGUAGAAAGGACGAACCAAUUGCUGUCAUCCCGGAUUCCGGAUUCAUAGCAACUCCGGCAGCAGAUUGUAGGAAAUACAGCCUGGCGAUAAUCGGCAAGGGAGAGAGGCAGGAACAGGCGGACGAAAUAGUCCAAGGAUGCAUUUACGAUUUGUUUACCGAGUAUGUUGUUCUUUUGCUUGAGAAGCGUGGAGAGUACUUCGAGAGGGUUGGAUUGGCAUUGGCCCCGGCUGAGAAAAACACAGCUGAGGAGAGAAAAGUCGAGGCUAGAAGACGAUCAAUGGUUGGCCGCAUCGGUUCUCGCUUCCCGCGGAUUGACAAUGCCGAGCUGAUAGACCCUCCAUCUACUUGGAGUCUACGAUGGAUAUCUCUAGCUUAACGAAAGUCAAGAUAUACAGUGUCCAAUUAUUGAUAUAUUGGGUUUUAUAAUACCUACAGACA